GAAAAAGAUAUUGAAUUUUGGAUAACCAAGCGCACUAUUCAUGUAGUUUCGUUACGCACUUUAGACGCGUUAUUUUACCUAGAGUCGAAAUAAAAAUGGCACAGAUUAAUCCUACAACGCAGCAGCCAAUGACUGAGUUGGAAUUGCUGAGGAUGAAAAUGAACGCGAAAACGGACGAAACUCUUGAUUCAACGAGGAACAUGGUUCGCUUGUGUGAUGAGAGUACUACAGUAGGUGCUCAAACACUGGGCAAGCUGGAAUCUCAAGGCCAACAACUAAGAGGAAUCGAUUCGAAUAUGGAUAAUAUACGUGAUGAUAUACACGAGGCACAACGUGAUCUUGACGAAAUUGAUAAAUGUUGUGGUUUAUGCGUUUUACCAUGGAAAAGAGUGAAACCCGAUACAAAAUCAUCGAAAUAUCCAAGUGGAACUAAUGGUUAUUCAACUGGAGCUAAUUAUCAAGUUAAUUCAUAUCAACCACAAUCAGGAUUCCGACAGCAACAGCAACAACAGUUGCCACAGCAACAAAAAACUGGACCUUUUAUCACUAGAAUCACAAAUGAUGAUCGUGAAGAUGAAAUGGAACAGAAUUUACAACAAGUUUCUGGUAUGGUGUCACAACUUCAUUCUAUGGCUACUGAUAUGAAUCAAGAGAUAACAACACACAAUCAAAUACUUGAUCGCAUUGAUCGAAAAGCCGAGUACAAUCAAACCGAGUUGAUGUUUGCUCAAAAGAAGGCUGAUAAAAUUCUAGGACAAACGUCUAAACCAGAUAAUAAAAAUAACAAUAUACUACCAUCGAAUACAACUUUGACCGCGGCAAAAAUGUUGAUGAAAUAAUCAAUCACCUCCCCCCCGGACAAAAAUCAACGAUAUUAUGAAUUUCUCCGACUGUAUGUUUUUCAUUUUUCGGCUGUCUGCGUCGACACAACCGGAAAUGCUGUUGAGCGAUUUUUUUUUUUAAAAAAACACCUAUUUUUCUCCAUUUUGAUCGGUUUUUUGUGCUUUUUUUUUUCCGACCGUUUAUUUUUUUUUCUAUGUGCACAGUGCCUUUUUUUUUUAAAAAAAGUUACACCUAUUGUUUGUCUCCUCUCUGUGUGAAUCUGUAUGUGUGUGCUUGUGUUUGUGGCCACAGCGAGUUGUCGGGUUUUUCGGGUAUUGCAGUACUGUGAUUCGUUUUUUCUCUUGCCCCCGCCGCCCCGCUGUGUACACUACAUCAUCUGUUUUU